GCGGCUUUUCUCCGUCAUCUACUCCAAUACUUUUCCCUUGGAGAUUCAUCUAACCGGUGCUUUACCUCUCUCCUUGAUUGAAGGCGCACAAGGUGUUCGAUUACAUGCCUCUGAGACAUCGAACACUGACUUUGUUAAUUGGUUAUUAGCUUUGCUUCAAUCUGGGCAUUGUGAAGAAACCUCGACAUGGGUACUCGGAAGGUUUUGUGGAGUUUAGCCGGCAAGUUGUUCUCGGUCGGGGUUGUGGGUCUCUGUGUUUCGGAUUGUGUUGCCAGUGUUGCUCCUGUGCGGGGUUCCUCUAUGUUUCCUACAUUCAAUCCUCAAAAGACUACGUUUAUGGGCAUAUCAACUGAUGACUAUGUUUUGAUGGAGAAAUUAUGUCUUAAUCAUUACCAGUUUUCCCAUGGUGAUAUUGUAGUCUUCCGGUCUCCAAGUAAUCAUAAGGAGUGUCAUAUUAAGAGGAUAACCGCCUUACCUGGAGAUUGGAUUGGAAUUCGUAAGUCCUUCAAUCCGCCGAUAGUUCCUGAGGGACGUUGCUGGGUUGAGGGAGACAAUUCAUCUUCUAGCAUGGAUUCAAGAACAUUUGGCACAAUUCCUCUGGGUUUAAUUGAAGGAAGGGUUACCCACAUUGUGUGGCCUCCUCAGAGAAUGGGUGCGGUUCAGAGAACUGAGAGAAGUACCGCAGGACACACUUGAUCCUCUGUAGUUGUCUAUUACCCUCUGAUACAUUUUUUUGUGGAAGAAAAAAUUUAUCUUAUUUCCCCAUUUUGCCAUAGCAGCAUUCUCGAUUUUGCA